AUUUGCAAUACUACUUCCUUAUUGAAUCUUAGAGACUUCUUCAAUUGCUUCCCAUCAAAUAUACAUAUAUGGUGGAGAUGGUUCCAUGGUUGAGAGAAGCAGCUGAAACAGGAAAGAUUGAUGGCUUGCGCGUUCUAAUUCUAGAAGAUCCAUACAUAUUUGAACGCAUUGAUGAGAUUCCUUUCACAGAUACUCCACUUCAUAUAGCAGCAGAGGAAGGGCAAAUUGAGUUUGCAAUGGAGAUGAUGAACUUGAAGCCUUCUUUUGCUAGGAAGCUAAACCCAGACGGGUUUAGCCCCAUGAACUUGGCGGUGGAAAAUGGGAAGACCGAGCUAAUGCUUCGACUGUUGCAGACCGAUAAAGACUUGGUUCGUGUCAAAGGAACGGAAGGGAUGACUCCUUUCCACUGCGUAGUUACAAUGGGAAACUCUGAGUCUCAGCUUUUAGUCGAGGUUCUUCAAGCUUGCCCUAAAUGCAUCCAAGAUGUGACGGUUCGGAAUGAGACUGCGCUGCAUCUGGCUCCGAUUAAGAACCAUAUGAAAGCUUUUAACAUCCUAAUUGGAUGGCUUCAAAGGAGCACUGGUAAUCAUAGUAGUAUCUUGGACUUUGAAAAGAAAAUAGUGAAUUGGACAGACAAGGAUAACAACACUGUGUUGCAUAUUGCGGCUAAAAAAGGACAAUAUGAGGCACUAAAACUGUUGUUAGAUUCACAACUUUGGUUAUACGUAAAAACUAAGAACUCGGAAGUCGGAAGGUUUGACACCUCUACAAAUCAUAGAAAAGGCUGAAAGACGAAGGAUGGACAUCAACAUGAGUGGCAAAGAUGAUGAUGAUGAUGAUGAUGAUGCCAACUUGCCAAGAUUAAGCAGUUGAAAAAGAAAGUGAACUUUUUCAGAAGAAUAAAAGUACUUGCAGAUCGCAUGCACAACAACAUGUCGUUGGAGGUGAUGCUGGUGGUUAUGGCUGUAGUUUUAACAGCAACCCACCAAUCAUCGUUAAGCCCACCGGUUCAUCUCCCAACACCACCACCACCACCACCACCACCAUCUCAAACAUAACUGUUACCAAUCACUUCUUCCCUGACAACAACAAUAAUACCAUUUUAAAAUUUAUUUACGGUUUGGAAUUGAAAAAACCCGGUACGACGUCAUGAAUCCGCAGUGGUUCGGUUUGUUUUGUUUCUUGAACUUCACCGCCUUUGCCUUUCAAUUUUUCUAAUGGCAUUCCUCCUCUUAAAAUUCCGUCCAUUCGUAAUCCUUUUGAUCCCGCUUUAUUUGUUGGUCAUCUCCUACUUCUGCUCCAUGACAAUCUUAUCGCCAUCCACUCCUUGGUCACUAUGGAACCUUUGUCUCCUCGUUAUUUUUGAAAUCCUCCCAUUUUUUACACUACUUGUACUAUUGUAUGUGAUGCACAAAUCUAUUCUGCAAGUGAAAGCUGAAAUCCAGUAUCGGAUGCAGAUGCAUAAUGUUAUUCACAAGGACGACAAUGUUGGCAUCAUUUGACGCUUUGCGCGUUCGGGGUGUUUGUUUUGCCAUACAUACUUGAUACCAUCUCUUAAUUUCUUUUUUCACAAAUAUUUGAUUUUACACACAUAUAAAUGGUGAUGCUUCCUGUAUUAAUAAAAAAAAUGGAUGAAAAGAUAAUGGAUUACAUCUUAACCCAUUUUAUCAAUGGAUUUUUCAUUUAUUUGGCUUGUGAAUAAA